AUGAAUUCGGUACUUAUUUUAUUCUGCGUCUUCACGUGUGUUUAUGCCAAAGCUAUGCAAAACACAAUCGAAUUGAUCCCGAACACACAGACUGCCUUUGCGACCGACCCCCUCAUCCAACGAUCACCUGAGGAUGAAUUUAAGACAGAUCCACCAGUCAUCUGUAAAAUUACAACUGUUUGCGCCUGGUCUUUGUAUAACCCCAAGACCCAGGAAGUGGAAAGGGCAUCAAUUAACCCAACAUGUAUAUGCGGUCCCGGCAAAAUCUGUAAAGUUGUUUCGGUAAAUUUGGCAGCACACAUUACUCAUAGCCGAUGUGUGUCGUCUGAGCAGUAA